AGUUUGCCUCCCCCGCUUGUAAAAGUGCUUUUCUUCUCUGCCUCCCCUUCCCAGAAAGCCUCCCCCCGGAUGAGCCUCCUGAGUCUACUCUCCCUCCUCCAUUCCGGGGGGUCCGUUUUCCUCUCUCCCCCCUGCAACUCCCCCCCCCCGCCUGCGAGGUUGUUCAGGGCUAGGUAGGACAGGAGACCUUCUGCCUAAGUUGUGGGAGACUCUUCCCCCCCCUUGCAUCACACCCCCAUGCACACACUCCUCGAGCUCGCUCAGUGGGUGCUUGCAGGCCAAGAAUUUGAGGAGUGGGUGUAGUUUAUGUAUUAUCCUCCCUCCGUCCCUCCCUCCAGUUCACUGAAUAAUCUAAAAGGGGUUCCCCUUCAUACAAAGCUGCCGCAUCUCUUUGGCCCAAGCUGUGUGUGGAGGGGGGGUUGGCCAGAAUUUGCCUUGAUUUUCUCUCUCUCUCUCCCCCACCACUUUCUGUUUCCCUUCGUUUCUACCCCCUCUCAGAUGCCAGAGGCUGAUAGAAUGGGUCUCUCUGGGGAGUUUUUGGAUGCUCUGAAAGUUGAUUCUGUUUCCCUGUGUGGGGGCACAACCUGCAGCGUGGGCUGUAGGCCCGAAUAGGUCCAUGCUCUGAUUCUUUUAAGAUUUAAGAUUUGUGUGUUGUCUGACUAGGGCUAAGAGGAUGGCUCUUUUUAAGCAAAUGGUGAUGAGCCUCCGAGUUUCUGAGCUGCAAGUGCUUCUGGGAUACGCGGGAAGGAACAAGCACGGCCGCAAACACGAACUCCUUACUAAAGCUCUGCAUUUGCUUAAAGCUGGCUGCAGUCCUGCUGUCCAAAUGAAAAUCAAAGAACUUUACAGGCGGCGGUUCCCACAGAAAAUCAUGACGCCUGCAGACUUGUCCAUCCCUAGCAUCCACUCAAGCUCCCUGUCAGCCACUUUGUCGCCCUCCGCCAUUCCACAGCUUGCUUAUGACAGCCACCCUGCAACUUUGCCAUUGCUCCCUGUUUCUGUCAUGGGACCUAAACAUGAAUUGGAACUGCCCCACCUUACUUCAGCGCUCCACCCAGUCCAUCCAGACAUAAAGCUUCAGAAGUUACCUUUUUAUGACUUGUUGGAUGAACUGAUAAAACCAACCAGUCUAGCAUCAGAUAAUAGCCAGAGGUUUCGGGAAACCUGCUUUGCAUUUGCCCUGACUCCACAGCAAGUGCAGCAGAUCAGCAGUUCCAUGGACAUUUCUGGAACCAAAUGUGACUUCACUGUGCAGGUCCAGCUAAGGUUUUGCUUGUCUGAGACCAGUUGCCCACAGGAAGAUCACUUCCCACCAAAUCUUUGCGUGAAAGUUAAUGGAAAACCAUGUAGCCUUCCUGGCUAUCUUCCACCAACCAAAAAUGGGGUUGAACCAAAGCGACCUAGUAGACCAAUCAACAUCACCUCACUUGUGCGACUGUCCACAACAGUACCAAACACAAUCGUCGUCUCGUGGACUGCAGAAAUAGGAAGAAAUUAUUCUAUGGCGGUCUACCUUGUCAAGCAGCUGUCUUCUACAGUGUUGUUGCAGAGGUUACGAGCGAAAGGCAUAAGGAAUCCUGACCAUUCCAGAGCACUAAUCAAAGAGAAACUAACUGCAGAUCCGGACAGUGAAAUUGCAACUACCAGCUUAAGAGUUUCUCUUCUAUGUCCACUUGGUAAAAUGCGGCUGGCAAUACCUUGCAGGUCCCUGACUUGUUCACAUCUGCAGUGCUUUGAUGCCACUUUGUACAUUCAAAUGAAUGAGAAGAAGCCCACCUGGGUUUGCCCUGUCUGUGAUAAGAAAGCACCCUACGAACACUUAAUAAUUGAUGGGCUGUUUAUGGAAAUCUUGAAAUACUGUACAGAUUGUGACGAAAUUCAGUUUAAGGAAGAUGGAUCCUGGGCUCCUAUGAGAUCAAAAAAAGAGACACAAGACGUGACUGCAUCUUUUAAUGGAGUGGAAGGCUGUUUAAGUUCGUCUGUGGAUCAUCAGGUGUCUUCUCAUCAGUCAAACAAAAAUAAGAAAGUUGAGGUGAUUGACUUAACUAUUGACAGCUCGUCAGAUGAAGAGGAGGAGGAACCAUCUGCAAAGAGGAGCUGCCCUUCCCUGUCUCCUGCAUCACCCAUUAACAAUAAGAGCAGCAGCAGCAUAUUAAGUCUGCCACACCAAGUUUCUCCUGUCUCAAGAACCCCAAGCCUUCCUGCUGUUGACACAAGCUACAUUAACACGCCGCUCAUACAAGACUACAGGCACCCAUUCCAUAUGACUCCCAUGCCUUAUGACCUCCAAGGAUUGGACUUCUUUUCUUUCUUACCAGGAGACAAUCAGCAUUAUAGCACUUCCCUUCUGGCUGCUGCCGCUGCAGCUGUGUCUGCUUCAGAUGAUCAAGAACUCUUGCACUCCCGGUUUUUCCCCUACGCUUCGUCUCAGAUGUUCCUGGAUCAGUUAAACGCAGGAGGGAGCACCACCCUUCCGGUCACAAACGGCAGCAGCAGUGGCAGCAACAGCAGCCUUGUGUCCUCCAACAGCCUGCGAGAGACCCACGGCCACCCCAUAGCCAACAGAAGCAGCACAGACCCAGCUUCACUGUUUGGCGUAAUCCCGGAUAUUAUUUCCUUGGACUGAGUUUGGUUGAGUUGUCGCUGGACUGGCUAGAGGAGAGAUCUGGGGUUUUGUGUUAUCUUAUUUUGUUUAGGAAUGCAGACGAGCUUUUCCUUUUUGUAGGGAAAAUAUUAAGACAUGUACAGAGAACAAAACUAUAUUUUCAGUUGUACUUUUGUAUAUAAACAAAAGAUGGUUUGACUGGUAAAACAAAAAAAAUUACAGAAACUCCCAACCUAGUUUUUGGAUACGGAAGAUUUCACACUUCCCUUUCUGUCGUGAGUGGGUUUUUUUUUAAGCUUUGACUUCUAACUUUGUUUCUUCACAGUGAUACUAAUGGAAAAGAAAUGGAGUAUUUGAAGUCUUGAAAAGUUACGGGGGACUUCUAGUUCUGGAGAAAACAGAUAGCAUCCAGAGUAAUUGGAGGGGAACAGUUUUCCCCUCUUAGGGCACAAUCUGCUGGGAAUGUUUUCCUGCACAAGCUCCACUGAAAUGAUUGAGUCUUGUGCCAGUGAAUUGGGCCCUUCCUCUUUUUCUGUGAUUUACAUCGGUUCCAUAGCAUUCUCUGCCUGCCAGCUGGGUGUGUGGCUUUUCUGGAAUGUUCUUUCACCUGUUCUUUCCGGUUCUGAAAGUCUGUUCAGAACCUUCCAUGGUCCUUCAUUAGACCUCAUACUGUUUUGUUUGUGUGUUUAUCAUUUUUGUUCAUGAGGGAAAAAAUCCACAGGCCUCCUGCAUGUUAAAGCCGUUCCAUUGGGAGGUCUCUCUGAUCCUGAGCGUGAGGCAGAAAGGGUUCUUAGCAUCCAGCUGCCAUAAAGGCAUCCUAUGUGUUGUAUGCGCUGUGUUAAAGAUUUGCUUUCUUGAGGUGGUUCAACUGUGGCCUAAUGCUCAAACUUCAUUCCCCGGGACGUAAAAAAAUUGAUUUGUGAUUCUCCAACAUCAUACUGCGCUAUGACAAUAAGCCUAUCAGAAGGAAAUGAUGUAAUUUGAAAUCAGUAUAUUUUGCAGCUGACAACGACAAAUAGCAUACCAGGUUCCUUUCUGCAAGUAUAUAUAAACUAAAAGGUCCAGUCCUGUGCAGUUUUGCUUGGGAAUAAAUAUGCAUAGGAUUGGGCUACACUAGUGGCUCAGCUGUACACAAGCCUCAUUUUAGUUGUUUUGUUAUGGCUGAAUGUAAAAAUGUUCUAGGGUGAGCAAUUCUCCCUGCCAUGCAUUGGCUUCUGAAUCAUUAUUGAAUGGUUUUGCCUCCCUCCAACUGAACAUGUGAAACUGAUUCCCCUUUAGCAUUUGUCUCUGUCCUCCUUCCCCUCCUUGAAACAUGCAUGACUAGUUAGGAAAGAGUAUUUUGAAACUGGUGGAUUAUUCAAACGGUUCCUUUCUUACUAAAUAACAGAACAUGUAAAUAGAGAGAAAAGGAAUCUGUUCAUAGUAAAUGGGGGGGGGGAGGCAGCAAUUUUGAUGUAUCCCAAAGCCCUCAUUGGAGUGCAGAUGUGUUUUCUGCUGUGAAAAUACUUUAUAGCUAGCUUUUAAAAUCUAGAUUUACAACAUAUCAGGAAUUAAUAGGAAGGAAGGAGGGAGACACAACCAAACAAGAUUUUUGUGUGUGGCUGUGCUUUAUUAAAGACCCUGUUAGCUAUUUGUUUUCACAACUGUUUUUCAGCAAAACCUUCCAUUGAAAGCAAACCACCACUUUUUGAUCAGAAAUUAUCUUUUUUUUCCCCAACCAGUUGAGAGACUGCAUAAAUGUUCUAGUGGGUUUUCCAUAUAUGUGUCCCCUUUGCCAUCUUCAAAGCUGACUUGAAUUUUUAAAAUGUCUGUUCAUAUGUAUAUGUGUGUGUAUAUAUGUAUUUAUAGAUCUCUCUCUGUGUGUGUCAGUGUGUCUGUUCCAUGCAUGUGUAUUCCAUUAAUGUCCGGCUAAUACGUUUCCUUUGGCUAGUUUAUAAUUUAUUUAAUGUCAGUAAAAUUGAAAUAAAACAGGAAUCCUAUGUAAGUUCAAUCUAGCUUGGAGGCACCAAAACUGUUUUUUGAAAUUAAAAAAAAAAGCAGAAUGAAGCUUGUUUAAUAAUAAUACAACUUAAUAUGAAUUAUGCCCCGAUAUGUUCCAGUUGGAAGGGAUCAUUCCAAACACUGAAAAGCAAUGUGAGAGAUUUUCUGACUUUGGCAAGUCUGGUCACAAUCUGUGUGCUGGUGUUGAAAUUGACAGUGUUCGGAUGAAACCCUGUGGUGCUGGUAUCUGCUGGCACUGCCGUACCUUAAGGUGAAUGUUUUUUAUUAGGCACUUAAUACUCUAGUGUGGGUACCACCUUAGCUUGCAAAAUACACUGUAAGUGUGUCCUGUAGCUUGUUCUGCAUGCAGAAGGCUCCAGGUUCAAUCCCCCGUAUCUCUAGGUAGAGUUGGGAAACCACUUCCAGUCAGUCUGGACAAUACUGAGCUAGAUGGACCAGUGGUCUGACUUGGUGUGAAGCAUCUUCCUUUAUUGAUACCUGGCAGAAUAUGGUACAAUGAGUGCAUGAAGAUGAUGGACUGCAGCUGAAUGUAUUUAUGACCCAUUUAUUGUGAUGCAGUAUAAGCAUGUGUAACCGCACACUAGCAACGAUGUGAGGCUUCCCCCCACUGCACUUACUGUAGUUCAGAUAGUUUUUUUAUCCGCAACUUUAUCAAGAUUCUUCUACACCUUACAAAACAACAGGCAAGUCAGAAUUAUAGGAGACUUCCCAACCAUUCAUCAGGCUACUCGGAAUGUUUACUCUGCUUUUGAGUGCUGUUUGGCAGAUAAUAUGGUGCCUUUAAAUGCUGGAAAUAACCGUCUGCUUUGUAGUAAAAGGGAGCUGCCUGAGAGUGCAGUGAUGUUCAAUGUGACUUGCCUGUGAGGUGUUUUGGGGCAGGGGAGGAUUGCGUCUAUCCUCUUUCUUAGUCUGCGAGUGCUUGAUACAGAUCUAGAACUAUACGGGGCUCAAAAUCUGCUAGGAUUGGUUCAAUUUGGGGGGAAAGUCCAAUUAAUUUUGAAAUUAAAAGGUACCACCUGCCAUACUGAGCCUGCAAGUUCUCAUGCUGGUUUUCUAAUAAGUCCCACUUCUCAUCACGGGGGAGAGGGAGGGGAGGGUGUAGCAUUUGUAAGCAGUAUUGAGAAUUUGAGAAUAAGAAAUUUCAAAGCAUUAUGAAUGACGUAGGCCAUAUUGGGGGGGGGAUUCAGUCGGUCAAUGUUUAGUGUUCAGAGUGCUUGAAAACUGAAGGUAGCUAACUCUUGUUCAUUUAUUUUUUCCUCCUCCUUCUCUUGUUCUUCAUAUGAAACAAGAACAAGGAAUCUUAAUUCAAAGUGAACAGAGUUUCCUAGCCUGCCUUGACUUGUGUCUUACAGGGAAAUUGAUGUUUUUUAAACUCCAGAAACAACUUUUGAAAAGGUAUUUCCUAGCCAGAGUGUGUUUUGGUCUUUGGUUGUUUUAAUGUUGGAUAAAUAUUUUUAAAAUAGUUACUUGGAAAAAGGUUCCAUUUUGACUUUACCCGCAGUCUGUCAGUUUCUUUAAAAUACUAUUUUUUUUAAUUGCAGAGAUACAUAUUUUGGCUAACUUGACAUCCUGUUAAAUUUGAAUAGGUAAAGCAUUCUUUUACGCAUUUCAUAACUUGUUAGCUUUUUUUUUUUUUGUCCUUUUUUUCCCAACAGACAGGUAGAGAGAUGUAUGUGUGCUGCUUGGAUGUAUGCCUUAAUUUGUAUAAUUAUUUUUGUGUGUGUACCCAAGUACGCACAGAUGCAAGUUACUUGUAUAAUAGGAGGGUUAAGGGUGAUUUUGAAUCUCUUCUGUGGGCAUUACUGGAUGCAGAGGGCUUUUUUACCUAAAAGCAAAACCAAAUUAAACCUUUCUAAGAUUUAACUGAUAGCUUGUUGCUAAAGUCUUGCAGUACUUUCAUAACUGCAUUCCUGGAUUUUCUUUUCCUUGUCAAAGGAGAUAUCGUAACCCUCUGGAAGAGGGUACUGUUAGUAAUCUUCCACUGAACUAGCGUGUAGCCCUUAUUUCUUAAUGUGGUUAACCUUUUUCACUGCAUUAAGCAUUUCUGGGGUUUUUUUUUUUUCCAUAAUACAUUUUGGAAGAAUUGUGUGUUUUUACUGUGAGAGAACUGCCAGAGGCCCCCGAUGUGUGCUGCUGUUUGUUGCUUUAAUUAACAAAAGGGAAAACAAUAUGUAAAUAAGCAAAAACUAAAAAAGUUACUAAUUCCAUAAACUCAGAUCUGUGAUUCAUUGCCUUAACUUUCUCUUAGUUUUCCAUACAGCAUGCCAAACAAGUUUUAAAAGUGGCUUUUAAAAAAAUGUAUAGUAGACCAAUGUCAGUUUGUAUAAAAGUAUCAAGUGAAAAUAUUUAUUACAUGCAUUGGAAAAAAAAUGGUUUACCCUACUGAAUGUUACCUGUUUAUGUAAAACAUCUUUAGAUGUAAUAAAAAGCAUUAUUACGUUGUCUCUUCUGGAAUAAACGUUGCUG